CAGUGCUUGCAUGCACAGGUAUGAGGUCCAGGAUCUCCGGGAGCUUACCGCGCUGGUGGUACAUGCAUCGCUCUCGAAACACACCCUGGCAGCGGUCAGGUGGGCGACGGCGGUCUUCAAGUUUCCACCCACAAGCGAUUUUCCACCGAGACACUGGCACUGUAGGCCACUGGCAGCGCCACGGGUACUGGGGACGAUAUGUAUCGUAUAGUAUAAGUAUGAGGCCGCGGUAGAAGACGUGUAUCAGCCUAGUUCUCAAGUACACCGCACAAUAUCUACAUGCCUAAGACCGAGUUUGCGAAAGGAGAUCUUGUGUAUCUGAGCAGGCGUGAGAUGGUGCAAUGUACACUUCAGGACAUCGACGAGGAGGUCCGCCGCCAGCCAUGGAAAAUCGUAGACAACUUGAAGGAGCCUGAGACAUCCGGCCUCCAGAUUCGCAGCACUUGCAGGAGAAGCAACUUCACCCGCACCGUGCCCAAGGGAGACCUUGUCAAGAUACAUGGGCGCCGGAUCGUCGGUGCUGGAUUGUGGACGACGGGAAGCGGUGCUACCUGUUGAUCUGUUUGAAGUAUGCUACGCUCAUGGGGCAGAAGCUAUUAGCGUUACCGCCUCCAGCCCGGUGCGCUAGAGUACAGGGCGCUCAAAUGUCAGCCGGAUCGUUACUUUCUACUUCGUGAUUCCGGGAAGCUAUGUACAUGGUGCGCAGUCGUGUCAAUCCGUGGCGCGCCGCAGGUUGAAUGGCAUGGCAGGGUGAUCCAGUAUGUUACGUCUCGUAAGGGCGUAUUUCAACACUUCUCUACAUCCCGGGCUGCAAAGGUCAGGAAUUGCGAACCCACUUGCUGACGAUGUACCAUUGUCUUCUCCACCGUUGCGCAGAAUCGAUGUUUCCGAAAAGUAUGUAUUCUACGGGCGGCCUGAGGCCGCCCGAGCAAGAAGUUGCUGCCGACGUACAUACGUUGACCGUCCGGCAGAACGCCCUCGGAAGCGCGCGAGACGUAGUCCCCACUGCCGGCCAAA